AUGUUUGCGGUGGAUGCAGUGUUUGUGCGGGUGGUUCUGAUUGUGGCCGCGUUUAUUGGUGUUGUGCGCGCCGAUGUGGCGAUCGUGGCGCCCGAGAAGGGGAAGACGUUCUCCCCGCAGGGGGGCACGGUGGACAUAUCAGUGAAGUGGGCCGAUGACGGGAACUACCCGCAAUUGGACAAAGUGACGUACUACACGCUGUCGCUGUGCUCCGGUCCCAACAGUCAGAUCAACUGUUUCUUCCCGAUCCAGAAGAAAUUGGCCCCCUCGGCGUUAGAGGAGGAGAACAGCGGUGGGAACCAUUACUAUUCAUUCGACGCGACUUUCUCCGCUGGUGUCGUUGGGUCAGGGCAGUUUUAUUUGCAAGUGUUUGCCUUUGUCGAGAACCAGGGGUACACGAUCCACUACUCGCCGAGGUUCGUUCUGACGGGGAUGUCUGGCCAAGUGACGACUUUCACUUACUCGGAUACGAUACAACCCGCUGGGCAGACGUCGAUCCAGACAACAACAACACGCACGGCGGACACCUCCAUCGACUCGGCGUCAUUUUCCGUGACGUACACGAAACAGACAGGUACGAGGCGGUUCGCACCAAUGCAGUCCAAACCGGGGACUCGCGUCACGGCGACCUCUUGGUCGAGGAAGUACCCAACAAGCGCGGUCACGUACUACUCCACGUUCCGCAAGUCCCUCGACCAACUGACCACAAUCACCCCAGGUAUCUCCUACCUCAUCACUUCGGACUUCAACUACGCGACACCGGCACCGAUGCCCUCGGACAACGGUGGGUGGUACAAUCCAUCAAAGAGACUCUCGCUCACAGCAAGGAAAAUCAGCUUAUAA